AUGUUUAAAUCAGUGUUUAAAUCUGGUAUCAGGGCAGCUUAUGAUGUUCUGAAUAAUCCUACCUUUGUUUCCGAACCUUGGUAUGUUUACCCGGCCAAGAACUAUGCUACAGGGAAACAAGCAUCGGUUUUCAUCUUCGAUAAAUCUAAAUUCGAAGCCAGUAUUCAAAAAUUAUGUUCAAAUAUUUCUAAUACCAAGAACCCUCGAGUUAUUAUAAGUGAAUGUUAUGAAUUGAUUAAGUAUGAAGUUAGUCAGUUAGCUAAGUUGAAACAUCCUCAAUUGUUAACUGUUUAUGAAGUUUUGGAAGAGACUAAACUGAAAUUUUUAUUUGUUACUGAACCAAUAGUUAAUAAUCUAUUAACCGUUAAUAUUGAAAAGUUAGAUGAAUUAAGUUUACAAAAAGGAUUAUUGGAAAUUUGUAAAGGUAUACAAUUCUUACAUAAUUAUUGUUCUAUCAUUCAUUUGAAUUUACAACCUUCAUCAAUAUUCAUAAAUCAACAAGGUGAUUGGAAACUUGCAGGUUUUAAGUUCUUACAAAAUUUGAACGAAAUGUCUAAUCAGGAUAGAGAUAACUUCUACAUUAUGAACAAUAGUUCAAUUGUUCCAUUUGCAAAUUUGAAUUUGAAUUUUACACCACCGGAACUAAUUGUUGACAAUCAUCUGAGAUUAGAGUUUGGUAAUGAUAUCUGGUCUUUAGGUUGUUUAAUCUAUUAUUUAUAUAAUGGUGAUUAUUUGAUAAAUUGUUUUGAUGCCAAUAGUAUAAGUGAUUAUAAGAGUGAGUUCAGAAAGUUUGAAACUAAGUUUUAUAAUCAUAAGUUAGGUGAUUUGAAAUAUGUUUUGAAACAAGUACCUGACCAAUUAUUCCAAUUAUUCCCCUUGAUCAUGGCAAGAUACCCUAAUGAUAGAAUCAAUAUUGACAAGAUCAUUGAUUCCGAAUUCUUCAAUGGAAGUCUCAUCAAAGCCAUGUUCUUCGUUGAUGAGUUUUCUACCAAAUCAAUUGAUGAAAAACUUAUCUUUCUUUCGGGUUUAUUGGAAGUUAGAGAAGAUGGUAAAAUGUUUAUCGAUAAUUUCCCAUCCAAUUUCAAAAACAUCAAAUUAUUACCUUUAUUGAUAGAAUUAUUGAAAUCUGAAUUGAAUGUUGGAAUCUCAAAAGAUGAGGUUGGACAAGCUACAAGAAUUGAUUUAGUGAGUAACGUUUUGACUAUCAUCCUUAAUAUUGGUAGCAAAGUUUCUCAUUUGACUUUCCAGGACAAGAUCUUCAAUUCCAUUUUCAAAGUUGAUUCCAGUUUAAGGAAGAAACAAAGAGUUGAUUAUUUUGAUAAGAUGAUGAAUUUCUCUGUAAAGGUAAGAUUAGCUUAUAUAGAGAAUCUUGAAAUCUUGGUGGAAAAAGUCAAUGAUAAAGAUGUAGCAGAUAUGAUCAAGAAAUCGUGUUCCCUUAUACUCACAUUACCAUCUAACGAACAGCAUUACAAACAAGAACAAGCUAAAUUACAAGAUCUUUUCUUAAACAAAACUGAUCUUUUUGUGAAAAAAUUUGAUUUCCCAUAUAUCAAAAAUACCUUCUUUCCUUUGAUUAUUCAAGUAUUCAAAACUACCACUAUCUUAUCAACUAAACUAUCAACCAUUAAAGUGUUUGAAAAUAUGGUAGAUGAAGAUAUCAUUGAUAAAACCAUCGUUAAAGAACAAUUAUUACCAAUCUUUCAAAAUUUGAAAAGUAGAGAUAAAAGAAUUGUUGGUAAUGUAUUGAAAUUCUUCAGCAAAUUAUCCAAAGACGAUAAGAUAUCUCUAGACUUAGAGACCAUUGUGGAAUUCAUAUUACCUAUUUGUUUAAAACUUGUGUUUGGAUGUAAUGAUUGUGUUCAAUCAGAAUUUAAAUCCUAUAUGGCCACUAUUAAUGAAAUCCAAAGCAAUUUAGUUAAACAGAAAUUACCUUCAUUGCCAACGAAACAGCCUGAGAAGAGAAUUGAAACCCCUUCGAACAACUUUGAUUCUUUGAUCAGUACCCAAGCUAUCAACAGUGGUAACUUGGAACAUACACAAACGGCACCAGCAUCUGAAGUUUUGAGACCGACCAGACCCACCACCUCAGCUCCUAUUAAAUCCAACUCCCAUGACAUUUUACAACCUAAAAAACAAAUAAAACCUUUGUCUUUAAAACCAAAAGAGACUAAACCUACACCUUUGACUUUUGGCUCUACUGGAACUAAUCAGAACACUGAAACUAAAAAUUUAUUCAAAAAUUUGGAAGGAACCUUCAAUGAUGAAUUUCUGGAUUUCCAAUCAGCAACGCCCACACCACCAAUAAACAAAUCGGUUCAAACAUUUUCACAACCCAUUCAACCAACGAAUAUUCAAUCAAAUUAUAUCCAGCCUACUAAUAAUCUAUCAACUAACAAUCAACCAGUACAACCAUCUCCCAUGAAUUUCCUGACCAUGAGUCCGUUGGUACCCAAACAACCUCCAGGAUUCAGUAAUUCAAUUUUAAUGCCAUCUUCAAAAUCAACUCCACCACCUAAAAAUAACGACUUAGACUUUUUGUAA